AUGCUUCAAAGAACAUCAGAAGAUUUUUUUCCAAAGAUGGAAAGUUCAGUUGAAGAGAUGGAUACCUCUGAUACCCAGUGGGGCUGGUUUUAUUUGGCUGAGUGUGGUAAAUGGCAUAUGUUUCAGUGAUGAAACAAACCAACCUAACUACCCUUAAGCAGCGUCCAAUAAAGAGAGCUCCCUUUUCUAUCAGUGCUUUCAGUUUCAUCUGUGAAAAUGAGGCUAUCCCUAUGCCUUCACACUGGGAGAAUGUAAAUACUGAGGAGCCAUACCAGCUUAUUCCAUUGCAAAAGAAAACAAAUGAAUAUAAUGAAGUUUCUAGUCUCUUUGGAAAAACAAUGGAUAGCCACCGAAUUAAAAGAAUUAAGAGAAUACAAAAUCUAGACUUGUGGGAGUUUUUUUGCAGGAAAAAAGCUCAACUAAAGAAGAAAAGAGGUGUCCCAACUAUUAAUGAGCAGAUGUUAUUUCACGGCACCAGUAAUGAAUUUGUAGAAGCAAUAUGUAUUCAUAACUUUGACUGGAGAAUAAAUGGGAUGCAUGCUGCUGUAUAUGGAAAAGGGACCUAUUUCGCAAGAGAUGCAUCAUAUUCCAGUCGUUUCUGCAAAGAGGACAUGAAGCAUGGAGAUACUUUUCAAAUUCAUGGUGUGAAUCUGCAGCCUCAUCUGCAUAGACCAGAUAAAGUCAUGUUUCUUGCUCGUGUAUUAACUGGUGACUAUAUCAAUGGUGAUUCAAAAUACAUGAGGCCUCCUUCAAAAGAUGGAAGUUUUGUGAACUUGUAUGACAGCUGUGUGGAUAACACCUGGAACCCAAAGAUCUUUGUUAUCUUUGAUGCCAACCAAAUCUACCCUGAAUACUUAAUAGAAUUUUGUUAAGUUUGAAAAGAGCUGAACUGAGUAUUGUUUGUGUCUUUUUUAUACUUUUGUUCCUUUUGUAAAGACAACAAUAUAAAAACGUGAAAGGAGAGAGGUGAAAGAAAAGCUAGCAUAUGUUUAUGGAAGAGGGAAGCUAUUAAACAUUUAAGAGAGAUGGUCAAACUGUUUUUAAAAAUCUGUAAACUUUACUAAUGCAUUUUUCAAAUGUAGAGACUAUUACAAAUUUGAAAUUGCUUAGUAAGCCUUAAAUACAUUGGGCAUUGGUAAGUUUUCAAAAGCAAGAUUUAUGUUCUGAUUUUUUUAAUAUAUUACAAGUAUUUAUUCAUGUGGUAGAAAUAUGGCUGUAAUAUAGUAUGCAUAUGAUGAAACUAAUCUUUUAUAAAGAUUGUGUGUAGAACAUAAAAAUAGCGAAAACAACAGCAACAAAAAAACCCAGGGGACUUAGCUACAUAUGUGUGUAUGUCUGUGUUCUGUAGUACAUGUUGCUUGUGUUUGAAGGUCUCUUAGUUUGGAUUCUAAACCUACCAACAAAAAAAAAAAAAAUUCUGUCUGGAGAAAAGUGAUGAAGGAGCUAUGAAGUUCACCGAAGCCGUUAGGUUUAACUUCAGGUACACUUUACUGUAAGCUUCAAUUAUAUACUUGCAAAGCUUUAAUCAUAUACUUGCAAGAUUACAAAACCCUUGCACUAGGAUCUGAAGUUCAGUUUUGAUGGAAAUGAUGCCCAUAAGCUCUUGUGGUUGUUAAUUGUUUGGUAGCUAACUGUUGAGCUCGGUGUUGGGAUGUCAGCAGUUCUUCUGAGUUCUCUUGUUACAGUAUGCGUGUGCAUGCACUUACAUUCAUGCAGCUGUGUUACUGAUUCUUGCCUGGUCAGGGUUUAAGAAGCACUCAUUGCUUGUGUACUUGCUGUUACAAAAGACAAUGUUUAGAUUAGCUGUACUGGAAAUAAUCCAGUUAAACUAACAAUGAAAAUUUCAAAAGAUGCCAUCCUUUAAUUUUUAAACACCUUAAUAGAAAGCUUUCAAUAACACUUGUGUAGAUCAGGUCUUCAUAACUGGUAUAGUUGUAAAGUUAAAGAGUAUUUUUCACAUGUAGAAAGAGCAAGAGACAAUAUUUGGGUAAAGAACAAACUCGAGUACCUAAAUACAUGAAGAGCCUGCAGAAGGGGCUGUUACAGUGAAAUGCACUGAAAUGUUAAACAGUUUGCUAUGAAGUUGUGUCCCAAGUGUUUUGCUUUGUUAAAGGACCUAAGGAGCACUAAGAGACAAGGUCUAAGUGGAAGCCUUUCCAGACUUCUUUGUUGGCUAUGACCAGUAACAAUUCCCUAGAGAAAUAGUAUAUAAUUAUGGCAGAUAUAGAAUGAUCUGUAUUGGUCUGUCAUGGAAUUGCUAAUGGGCUUUUUGGGUCAAAGGCUAUGUUUAAAAUCUGUUGUAUUUAAAGGGCAUGACCAACUCUGCUCAAAAUCAUAUUAAACCUAUGGAACUGGAAGCAGAAUAUCACUACAUAUCUGGCAUCGUAACUGAGGACGCAAACAUCUCCUCCUCAGUGCUGUUAUCUUUGCCUGUCAGUGGAUCUUGCACAAGUUGGGUGUCUGUUUGUAUUUAUAAUUUCAUGGCAGCUUUUCCUUUUGCUUCUGUUCCUGAACCAUUUAGGGCUAAGAUGCAUUUUCCUUUAUUUUAGAGCAACAGGAAGUAUGCUCUGUGAUCCCAGUUAGGAACUCUGGGUUCUACUGUUGUAGGCGUGAUUUGUGUUUGAUUCACUACUAUGCUAGCUGUGCAAAAGGCACAUUGUUCCCCACAUUGUACAGAAUAUUUAAUAGCAAAUCAUCAGCAGGGAAUUUGUGUAUUACUGAGUCCUUUUUAUUCUUAUACUGUAUUCUACAGAACAUACAUUUUAUGAAACUAACAAAUACAUGUGUUGUUGUUCCUUUGAUUUGGUCUUUUAUUUCUUCUGAGGUCUGAACUGACCUUUUUAGUUAAGAAAACUAGUCAAGUUUCUUUUUUAGUGUCUCAUGGGCACAAAAUGCCAUCGUCUAUACUGAUCUUCGUUACUUUUCCAGUUGUUUGUGUGGUGGUGUCUUGUUUACUACUUAACUCACUUAAAUUGAAUGGCAGAAUUUAAUUCUUACCAAAUCACUGCACAAUUGUAGUUUCAGCUCUUCUUUUAAUGUACUGUUCUGCUUUCUGGUGUCCAUUUUUGUGUUGAUGAAUCUUGAUACUGAAGGUAUCUGUAAAAUAGCUAUCCUUUUGCUGGCAGGUGGGGAGAGAGAUUGUUAUUGCAAGCAAAGUCCAGAACUCUACAAGUAGCCAAUACAAGAAAUAGUUGGACUUAAUAAAAGGAACAGUGAGAGAGGAAUGGAGGAAAAUAAUUUCUUGGACUAUGGAGCGUUAAAGAAAUGAAAAAGGGUUUGGUGUGAUUCUGGGGAAGGAUACCUGCUGUUUUCUGUUACUAUUUCAUGUAGUGAGACUUCAUGCUCCAUUUUCUUUUCAGACCUGUGCAAGAGCAUAUCAUUCUCACGUGUCUUGAUCUGAGGUAAAGCUUUCUUACUAAAUUAUUCUUGUGGCAGAAUGUUUUUACAUGGGCACAACACUUCAGUAUGAGCUGAUCUUAUUUCUGUAUCAUACUGGCCUCCUGUGCCGGCUUUGCUUUUUAGAAUGCGUGUGUGCUCAAUUAUUGCUGAACAGAUCUCAUUUCAUCCAAAGCAGUUUGGGAGAGUGUCUGUCUUCAUUCCAGUUCAUUUAUUUACAAGGGCAGUGUGUACAAACUUUAAGUCAAAAUCUGCAGAAACAAAAGGAUACAGCUUUAUUUUUUAAUAGAUGUCCCAGUACCGUCACAUGCAGGCUAGAUGUGAGAUACAUAAUGUACGAGCUGGAGUUAGUGACUUAAAUUCCAGGAGUACAUUGGAUGCCAGUUCAGCUGGUGGUUUGAGGACAACUGAUCCUUUUUAAACCGUUAUCAGCACACAAGCUCAUAGCAGGAAGGCUGCAGUGAGUUUGUGCAGUCUACAGAGGUGGAGAUUACUUUCAGGAAGAAGACUCAUCGGUAAUUGAUGUGCCUCUCAGUGGCCUACACAGACUGUACAUCUGAUGAGCAUGUCAGCCUUGAAAUUCCUUUGACCUGUAUGUCCAUCCAUGUUGUAACUAUGAUUAUUAUUAGGCACUGUCCAAAACAGCAGACUGCCAGAACAGUAUAGGUCUGCUCCAGUAUAGCCAUCUACUCUUUACAAGUCACCAAAAAAUUGUGUGGAUUGACAGCUGGAAUACUUUGUAAUGUGUUUGCUUCUCUCAUGCUGCUUUUGCUUUUCUCUGCUGACACAACCCUGCAGUUAGUGAGGGAGUUUGAGGCAUAAUCUCUGAGCAGCCAAAAUAACAAUGUGGUUGCUUGGCUGUAUUUUGUUGUUGUUUUGGUUUUGUUUAAUGGAACAGAAUCCGCUCACAUUGCUGAUGAAUUCACUGACUUGAUUUCUGCCAUUUACAGAGUAGAAAAGCCUAUGUCAGCAAGCUGUACUAGAGGUUGAGAGUUUUGUUGUUUGUUUGUUUUCUAAAAACAUACAUUGCAUAGCAAAUGGGCUGGGGACCCUGGCCCGGACCCCGGCCCCCCCCGAGUCACCGGCUAGUCCAGCUUAAAGUUUGCUGGUGAACAGGCGUGCGCAGCCCAGGCACGCCAGAACCGGGGAAGACACAGAGCCUCCCCCCGCAGCCGGCACCGGGCACACGGGCAGUGACCCGGGCAGCUGGUGUGGGGAACGGACGCCGUUCCCACCCCCGCGGCUGGAGGUCCGAGACCCCCACUGGCUCCCGGAGCUGACGCGGAGACCCCGCUCGCCCCAGGCGCUGGCACCACAGGCCGGGGGUGCCCACCCCCCGGUCCGACCCCCGCAGCUGGCGCCGAAUUCCCCUCGCGCCCACGCGGGUCUCGCCGGGAGCUGGCACCCGGUCCUUGGGGCGCACGCUCGCAGGGGACAGAGAGGGAGCAUCCGCAGAGAGAUGCUGCGGAAGAGGUUCGGUGGGAAGGUACAAGACGCUGGCACGGGCUGCGUCCAUCAGGCACGGGGCUCGGCCAGACGAGCGUGCCGACCGGCCCCGUUUUCCAGCCGGCCGGCCCCUCUUACGCCCCUUCCUGUCUCCCCCCUUAGUUGCCCCCGCUGCCCCUUCCCCUGCGCGUCCCCCGCCCCACGGGUCUCUACAGCUCCGUCCAUUCCCGCGCUCCUCCCGGGCCGGGGUCCCCCGCUAUGCAAUAUUAUCAGUUGCAAAGUCCAGGCUGAUCUUCCUGGAAGUGGUACCUGUGGUUUUUUGAUCGCCCGUCAGUCAGCGUGCAUGGUGAGGUUUGUUUCUUGCCAUUGUCUCCACGUCUGUUUUGCCAGGUCUGUGUCUCAGCGUGUUUUGUUCGUGGUUUCCCCCUUUCCCCCUUAGUUUCCCCACGGACGGGUCCCCAGUCAGGUAACCUCGCUGGAAUAAACGUUCUCACACUCUCACAUGCCCUUAUCAGUUGAUGUGACUGACCCGGUUUGGUUCUCGUCACUCCCUCCCUUAUCAUGUCAGUCAGGUUUGUGUCCUCCUAUGUUCUUGUUCACGGCUUCCUCCUUUUCUUACUGCUGUCCCUGUUGCACUGGAAAAGGUCCUUGACCAGAUACCCUUAAGGGAGUGACACUCUCCUUCCACAUACCCAGACAGAUACUUGUGCCACAUAACAUGUCCUACAGCUCUGGUCCCACGUUUGUCCUAGCUUAGGGAUUUAGUUGGAGAGGUCACAUUUCAUUCCUAUGGUAAUGAAUGCACGUAGUAGGAUCGUUUGCACGGAGUUUUCAUCCUGAUGCCUGGACAAGAGACAGCCAAGGUGCACACAAAGACUGGAAGCCUGCAAGUUCUUUUGAGUGGAUCUUCUAAUUUUAAAGGGCCCAGUGAAUGUAGAGAAGUAGGAGAGUAUUUGGUGUAUAGUAGAAUAAGUAAGAAAAAAAUUGCAAUGUAAUGAAGAGAGGGUGUACAAUAUGGGAAAAGGAUAAAGAAAAUAAACCCUGCCUAUUCAGACAUGAAUCAGUUCCAUGGCAUACCAUAAAAUGAGUUUCUUUUCCUUGUGUGCUUUGAGCUGUCAUGAGUUUGAUACUGCUGUCACGUUAAGGAUUGCCAACCAGCUGGUCCUGGCUGUUUGCACGCCUAUUUGCAGACAUUUAAAGAUAAUUUACAGCUACUACUUUUUUAGAGUCUUUUGCAAAAGACAUUGUGACUCCACUGCUAGAAACAUCAGUGUUAAGCUAUGCUCUUCUCAGCUGUUGACUUUGUUAAUGAGAAAUGUUAUUAAUUUCUGUAUUUAUAUUUUGCCUGUCUGUUGCCUUAGAAUGUCUUCGAGGUUCUUUUGUUCAGUAUUUUCCUUUUUAGGAAAAUUUAUUUUGCAGUUAGAGAAGGAUGAAAGAAGAAUAAGAAAGGAUAAAUGUAUCAGCAUUUGGGGAAGCUGCUUGGUUCAUGUGCUGCGAGUGUGCUUAUCAGGAAGGCAGAUAGUGGAAAUGACAUUAUUUUUCCUACCUGAAACCAAGAACAGUUAGAUAAUUUCCUGUUUCAGUCUACUAGCCAAUAAAUGCCAAAUUUUACUUAAAGGGAAUGAAAUCAUAUUGACAUCAAAAGGAAUAACCUUAAAUGUUUCUUCUCUUUACUCAGGUUCUCCACUGAUAUGGUUUUCUUCCCUUUGACUAAUAAAGCAAUGUAAUAUGUAAA